AUGCCACAAGGCAUAGCACCAAACAAUAGUACAGACAAGCAAGAGCGAAAAUCAGCAGGCAUUAGUAAAAAGCAAAAGUACAAAGUAACAAUACAGACCAGCAAGAGUGAAACUACCAAUAAAAUAACAAUAUUAGCAAAAGCAAAAGCACAAACUAGCAAGAACGAAACUACUA